AUGAGCCCGAGACAGCGCUAUUCGGACGAGUCCGAAACUCAAAAGAAGAGAAGGUCCGAUGGCGGCAAGAAGAAGGGCGGUUUCUCCAGCUUCGUCAGCAACCUCGUAGGCUCUCCGCGACGUCCCACCAUAUCCACGCCCACGAACCCGAUGCACGUUACCCACGUCAGCAUCGACAAUGAAACCGGCCUAUACACUGGACUGCCGAAAGAAUGGCAGCGAAUGCUCGAGCGUGAAGGCAUCACCGAAAAGGAGCAGCAGCAGCAUCCCGAGGCCCUCGCCGACGUUGUGGCCUUUUACAAGGAAAACGCCGAGGGCAGGACGGAUGAUGGCAUAUGGGACAAGUUUGGGCAUACGCAUCCCCAGCAGGGUCAAGGCUAUGCAUUCCAAGGUGGUGGUGGUAUUAGUCCAAGUAUUUCACAGACGGGUGCGAACAACCUCAUCAGCCCUCCAACGAGCCCCCGAUUCCCACGCAAUGACAUAGAUAGUUUUGAGAACCCCCGAGCACCGCCUCCGAUCCCGCGAAGCCACACCGCAACCUCCAUUCCCACCUCUCCCCAUCCGAAUGGGAACUUGAUUCCGAAUCGCCCGGCCCCGAGGCCUCCACCAUCAUCCGCCGGCUCUGCAGGCCCGAGCAGCAGCAGCACCACCACCACCGCCAGCGCCAGCACCAGACCGCACCAACCCCCAGCCCCCGCGCCCCUCGUCAAUCUUCCUCUCGGCCAACCACGGCCACAGGAAGAUUUUCCUGCCGUACAAUAUGCACCCCCUACAAUCAACGAAACGUCGCACCCCACCCCGCAGUCCGCUCCCCGAUCACGAGCCAAUACGACGGGCGGAAGCGGUCCACCGCAUCCUGCAUACGACUCCGCAAUUGGUGGCACUGCCGCCCAGUACUCACAGCAGCAGGAGCAGGCCGUGCUUGCUGCUCAGCAGCACUCGUCAUCCCGCCAGUACUCACCUCCACAGCAGCAGGCACAUCCUUCGCGUGACGCACCCCAGUCACUGACCCGCAGCCAAAGCACCAGACACCAACCAUCUCCACCAACUCACCCCUCGCAGAGAGCCGCUCCGACCCCAUCGCCGGCUCAGCAGUUUGCCCAGACCACCGCUCCCGAAAACAUUCCUCCUCCUACCGCGCUGUCUCAAGCAAACAAGAUUGGACCUGCCCCACGCCCACGACAGCGCCCGCGUCAAAGUCAGGGUCCAGACAUCGUCACCAGACUCCGCGCCAUCUGUACGAAUGCCGAUCCGACAAAGAGGUAUCGCAAUCUCAACAAGAUCGGCCAAGGCGCCUCCGGUGGAGUGUUUACUGCUUACGAGGUAAACACAAACAAAUGUGUGGCCAUCAAGCAGAUGAAUCUCGACCAGCAGCCCAAGAAGGACUUGAUCAUCAAUGAAAUCAUCGUGAUGAAAGAGAGCAAGCACAAGAAUAUCGUGAAUUUCAUGGACAGUUUCCUCGUCAAGGACGACCUGUGGGUUGUCAUGGAGUACAUGGAGGGCGGCAGUCUGACCGAUGUCGUCACCUUCAAUAUCAUGACCGAGGGCCAGAUCAGCGCAGUCUGUCGAGAGACGUUGCACGGUCUGCAGCAUCUGCACUCCAAAGGCGUGAUACACAGAGACAUCAAGUCUGACAAUAUCCUGCUUUCGCAAGACGGUCAGAUCAAGCUGACUGAUUUCGGAUUCUGCGCACAGAUCAAUGAAUCACACACCAAGCGUACAACAAUGGUGGGCACUCCCUACUGGAUGGCCCCCGAAGUUGUCACCAGGAAGGAGUACGGCAGGAAAGUCGACAUCUGGAGCUUGGGCAUCAUGGCGAUCGAAAUGAUUGAAGGCGAACCACCAUAUCUCAACGAGUCUCCCCUGCGUGCCCUGUGGCUCAUCGCGACGAACGGUACGCCGACCAUCAAAGAAGAGGAGCAACUCUCGCCAGUCUUUAAAGAUUUCCUUCAAUUCGCUCUAAAGGUUGAGCCCGACAAGCGAGCAAGUGCCCACGACCUGCUCAAGCAUCCUUUCAUCCAAACGGCAGAACCGCUAAACAGUCUAGCGCCACUCGUCCGAGCAGCAAGACAAGCUCGUGCGGAAGAGCGCCGGAAGAAAGGGAGCUCGUAA